UUUCACCCUCAGUCCAUGAGAACUGAAGAGGGCCGUGAUGUUUUCCUCCAGUGUGUCUCGGGUGAUAGUUCUCCUACUGCUCAGAUUUCAUGGUUAAAAAAUGGCAGAGUUCUCACCAAAGGAAACCAGAUUCAGGGACAGUAUGGAGGAGGGAGUCAAAGGAAGACUUCUGGCACUUUGCACAUGGCUAACAUCACCAAAGCAGACCAAGGAGUCUACAUCUGUAUCACCCACAACCCUCUGCUAAACAUAAGCAAAGGAAGUCAAGCAGCAACUCUGACAGUGCAUGGUUCCAAUAUAGACGUAAAGAUUAUUGAAGGGCCCCAAAAUCUUACUGUACCUGUUGAAAUGGAAGCUGCACUGCACUGCUUUGUUGAAGGCUUCCCAAUUCCCACAGUGCAGUGGUUUAAGGAUGGACAUCCAUUACCCAAUUCUUCUAGAUUGGAUCUGAAGAAGGACGGACAACUGCUGAUUUUUCAGAGAGUAUUGUCAGAGGAUGAGGGCCUGUAUUUCUGUGAAGCUCACAAUGAGAGGCAGAAAGUGAUAUCCGAGCCAGCCUACCUCCUGCCUGCAGUUAUGGAUUGGAUCUUUGUUCUUGAACCUGCCAACCUAGCAGUGAGGAAGGGUGAGUCUGCGACUCUUUCCUGUAGACCUCCUCGCAGCAGACCCCAAGCACAAGUGUCCUGGUUUAAGAACAACAGACUCCUCCAGAAAGGACCGUAUAAUACUUUUGAUCCUAUCGGAGACCUGGUCUUCCACAGUGUACAAGAGACAGACAGUGGAUUCUAUUUCUGCAGAGCAUCUAAUUCCCAUCUCAAAAGGGCUCUCACAUCGAAAAAAAUAUUCCUGGAUGUUCUUGAACCUCCAUCCGUGACUAUCUGGCCGAUGAUGGUAACGUCUCCUCUUGGAGCUGAAGUGGCGAUUCACUGCCAGGUGUUAGGACACCCUGCCCCUUUCAUCAAGUGGUCAAAGCAGGGCCGGUCUGUCCAAACUGGAGGCAAAAUUAUCAUGAGGUUAAGAAACACAACACUCUACAUUUCAUCAGUGAGAACGUAUGAUGAAGGACAUUACACAUGCGCAGCCUCCAACACACUGGGUCACGAUCAGAAAACCAUGACUCUUCGGGUUGCUGGUAAAUCUCCCUUUGCAAAAAUAGCAUACUAACAAAAAGUACCAUGGUACAUGUUUUUUGGACAUGUACCAUGGAAUUAUUUGAAAUAAGAGGAUGCAUAAGAGGAUACAUUUACAUCGUAAUCAUGGUUGUUUUUAGAAGUGAUCUAACUUCAAA